GUUGUAAUGUAGUCGGCGUCGGUUGAAGUCGUUACGAGUCCCUGGUGGGGCACGUGAUCAAGCGUCCUUCGUCCGAACCCCUCGUCCGAAAGAAAGGACUGCGAUGUCGGAUCUGGAACCCACCAAGUCGGCCCCGCAAAUUCGGCUCCAAAAUCCUGCCAAUCCCUCCCGACUCAAAACUCGAAGCUCUCCUCGACCCAUCUCUCCAAACCCACCCGGAAAUGCUCGGCGGCGCCAUGCGUCGUUCAGGAGCCUCCAGUUCGCGCGGCACAGGGUCCAGCAGCAGUCGUCGGCAAAGCACACACAGAUCACGCGGACAGCCCGACUCAUACGAAGACGACCAGCAAAUGGAGGAGGACUUUGACGAGGAGGAAGACUCGCAGGCGAUGGGAGAGACGGAGCAGGCGUUGGAGAUGUUGGGGGGGAAGGAUUUUUUUAAUAGUCAGCAGACGGAAGAGCAGAGGAGAGUUAUUAGGGCGGAGUAUAGGGAGUUGUUGUCGAUUACGGAAUCAAAUAGAAGUGAGAUUACGGCGCAACAACUGAUAGAUACGGUUGGUCGCGCUGGGCAGCUCUUUCAACAAGUAUUCACAACACACGAAGCGACACUAGACUCAAAAGUGCUAGUAGCAGCAGCAGACCUCGCCGUCCAAAAAGCACAGCGAAUGCGACUAGAUGGCGGCACCUUCAACAUCGAUGACUGGCUAGGGAAGGUAGUCAUAACCAUGAAUGGCAACGCGCAGACGAUAGCGGAGAAUGAGGACGAAGUUGAGGAUGACGACGAGGAGGAAGCGGAUGUCCGAGGUGGAUCAGGGGCCGGGUUGUCGAGAUUGGAUUGGUCGGCGUUGGGGAAGGCGGCGACGAUGUGUUUACGACGGGUGCCGACCAUCGAUUUCAUGUUAGGGCCAUUAGCGGUUGAGCAGACUGUACGGACUCAGCGACGAAAAGCCGCCAGGCUGGUGAAGAACAAGGAGGAUCUGCAAAAGCCCCAACAGCUCGGCGAAAAAGAUUUCCAAAAACAAGAAAACGAAACAACGGCCCUCGUCAAAGAGAUCUACAUGGUCCUCCAAGAUCUCGGCACCGUCCCGUUCUUUGAGUUCAUCGUCAACCCGGAAUCGUUCGGUCAGACGGUCGAGAACCUGUUUUAUGUCAGUUUCCUGAUCCGCGAUGGGAAGGUGCAGGUGCAUGAGGAUGAGGAUGAUGGGGAGCUUAUGCUGGACAUAGCAGACCCACCAAGCGAUGAAAACGGUGGAGACGCCCAACGCUAUCAAGCAGUGGUCGACAUAGAUAUGCCAACCUGGCGGGACCUCAUUGAAGCGUACAACAUCACAUCGUCGUGUAUACCCACCCGAGAGAAGUCUAAUUUCGUGGCGCAAAGCGGGCGCUGGUAUGGAUAGAUCACCAUCUCCAUUUGUUGUAACAUUCGUGUUGGGGAUGACGUGUCUGGCAGACACGGGCUAUGCCAUACGCUAUUGUCAUAGCUAUACCAUCCCCCUUUUGUAUAUAUCAUCCACGUUGUCUCUUGCAUUCGGAGGUCAAUAGAUACGAACUCACACCGUCGUCAUUAUGCCUAC